GAUCCUGAUCCUGAUCCAUCAUCGUCACCUGCACCAGAUCUCUCCGGCGUCGAGCCAAAUAAUGAGUCCUUUGAGUCUCUCUAUAAAGCGGGAGAGAUGAUUGGAUGCGGAGCGUUUGGCAGUGUGUACAGGGGAACACGCAAAUUUGAUGGCAAAAGGGUUGCCAUCAAGCGGAUGCGCAAGUUUGACAAUUUUCUUUAUCUUGAUAUUCCUGGACAUCCCGAACCUCUCAUUACAGAAGUGGCGCUGCUGCUAAUGAUGAGGCGAGAACCCAUAAGCCCCUACGUCAUUCAACUAUACGAGUGGUUUGAACACCCUCGCAAAUUCUCUCUCAUUAUGGAGUUCCCCGAACCCUGCGAGAGCUUGCUGGACUUCAUCACUCGCCGUAAUCCUGAAGUGUGUGAAACAGUAGCACGGGUCUUCACGCAACAGGCUGUUCUGGCAGUUCAACACUGCAUCGAGCAUGGCGUUUUUCACAAUGACAUUCAUGCGCAGAAUUUCCUGCUGAAGAGAAACUCGUUAGACCUCAAGCUGAUAGACUUUGGCUGCGGUCAGCUAUUCAGUAGUGAGGGCUACGAGAGCGACAUAUACCUUGGAAGACAGGAUCACUGCCCACCUGAAGUCUUCACAGAACCCAGAUUCCACGCCGUCCCAGCAAAUGUCUGGGCUCUAGGAGUGAUGUUGUAUGAGAUGGUGAACGCAUCUCGUCCUUUUCACAGUAGAACGGAAGUCAUAGAAGCCAAAGUUACAUUUCAGAAUUCCAACUUAACCAGAGGAAAGAGCACACUUGCUGUCCUUGGUGGAGGGCUUGAGCUGGAGACUCGACCCGAAGCCUGAAGUCCAACCCCAACCUGACAGGAACUCAAGCCGCCACACCAGAGAGAUCAGAGCCUGUCCACGUCUGAGCAAGAACAUGAGAGACUGAAGACUGGA